GCGGAAGACCCAGGAGACACCUCCCCCUCCUGUAUAAAAGCCGAGGGCAGAGCUGGAUGGAGCAGUAAACAAAGUGCGACAGAAGCAGCAGAGACCAUGAAAGAGGGCGCUGUGCACGUGUGCGAGCUGAAGGCAGGACACCCUCCUGCAGUUAAAGCUGGGGGAAUGAGAGUCUCCAAGAAACAAGGAAAUGAAGAAAAUGUUACACCAGAGAAGACGGCAAAGAAAAGCUCAUCUGAAAAGCCAAGGUCUUCUGUCCCGGAUGGGAGGUCCCUGCUCACAUGGGGUGCCGUCAUGGGUAUCGAGAGAACCAAUUACCGCUCGGCGGUGAACCUGACCAAGAUGCAAGCCAUGAAUUUCCUUGCUGGAGCUCUAGAGAAGCUCAGCCACGAAUUUCCUGCAGAAGCUGCACAAUUGGCUCACCAGAAGCCCAGACCCACAGUGGAAAAGGUCAUCCUCAACAAAAGACUGCACAUUAUCCAACAGCCGCGCAGAUGUUAGAUUGCCUGAGCUUCUGACAUGAUUACAUUUUGUAUAAAUAUAUUUUGUAUCUGUCAAUAAUAAAGCACUUCAGAUUAUAAA